AACGCGGCUGACGCAGUCGUGCUGUCGCCAAGGUAACCGCCAAAGAGGCCGGGAGGCUGCUCGGAAAUCGGCAGUUUCUAAUGGAUCAGGAGGAGGAGGAGAUCGACAGGCAGCGAGCGGCCGGAUGCCCGGAUUCUGAGCUACUGGUCGGGUUUGGUGGAGGGAGCGGGAGUCAGGUUUCGGAGCGAGUGGUCGGGCCUGCCGGAGGGAGCGGGAGCCCGAUCUCGGUGUCGGAGCCAGUGCAGAGCUGGGUGAUGCAGCAGAGUGCACAGGAGCUGGCGGCAUGUCUGGGAGCUGAACCUUGUCUGGAGGCCAAGAAACUUGAUGAGAGUAUUGAAGAAAUGUUAAUCAGAUUGGAUGAAUUUUGUGCAAUGCUUGAGAUGAUUCGAAGUGAUUCAUCACAAAUCUUGGAUGAAAAUGUUCCUAAACUAAAGGCCAUGGCAUUGGAAAUGAAGAAGGAGUAUGCAAAGAUUGACAAGAUGGAGACCUUUGUGAAGAUGGUUGGACAGAAUGCAGCAACACUUGAGCAACAAGUAAUUCAGGCAGAAAAGGACUAUGGAAACUUGCCUCAUGGUGUUCGUAGACUUCUACUUUCAAUUAAUGCACCUUCCUUUCUAAAUAAGAAAUGCAGCUGCCCCAAACAACAGAAUACAAGAUAUGAGCUACCAAGUCUGUACAGAACUGAGGCUUAUUUUCCUGAGAGUUCUGAUAGGCCAUACUUCAGCAAGCCAAAAACCUGAUUGUAAUAAUGCGUCCCACAACCUAGGACACUAUUCAUCAACAAUAUAUCAUUUGCAUAAAGAGCAAAACUGAAAAUAUUACUGCAAGUCUUCUACAGUUUGUUUCAUCAUCUAAUUCAGUUUGGAUACAAGAUGGUAUGUCUGCUUUCAAUUUAUGGAGAGAUUUUCUGUGAAAUAUAACAUUACUAAAACAAAGAUUUCAAUACUGUAAUAUUCAACUUUUGGGAUACUCUUAGUACUGAAAAAUACAAAACAUGUAUGCAGUAGUGAUCACCAUCUGCCAAUGCAUUUUGUUCUACAAAACCUUAGUCAGCUACCAUUAUUUAGAAGCAAGUCGCAGAUCAGAAAGGCUAGGACUUUAGACACAGCUUAGACUAAAGGGCUGGGUGUAUUGUCCCCCCACUCAUGCCCAGCAGCCAUAUAAUAGUGGGUGGGCCAUUAAAUAGAAACUUCUAUCUCUGGACACUUCUGGUAUUUCAAGUGUCUGGCAACUCUCUGGUCACAGCAAUGCCACCGACAUCAGAGGCCACAGCUGAACUUCAACCAGUCAAUGGUGAAGCUGCAGAUACUUAAGUAGGGAAUAUUUGCUGGUGAAAUGUAUAAGGGGCCGGAUGAAAUGGCAUGGAGGAACCAGAAAAUGGAUCGGGUGAGUGGGUUGAUGAGGAGCUAGUGGAAUCAAGGACAUGGGGACCUGUAAAUGUGACAACCUACUGCCACCUGUCCCUUGCUCACAAGCAUGAGGUGAAAGUUUCUGGACCUCAGACUUGGCAUGAUUCUGUGGUUGCUAUGGCAAAAUUGUGGCUUGGGCAGGAGUUUCCUGCUAAAUCACCACAGGCAGGAGGGGUGUUCAAUUUUAUACUCUCUGCCUGUCUCCAAUCCACACAGGUGGGAGCACAGAAUUCAGCCUUAUUGUGGUGUUUUUUUUUGUCUUAUAAACCCCUGGAUAAUGCAAGCAACAUGAUGUGAAUUACCAUAUUAUGAAUCUGCAAGAGCAUAUUUUAACUCAAAAAUAAAAUUGAGAUCUGUCUUCUCGAUUGUGUGAAACCUGCUGUUAAGCUUGAACAUUCUACAAAUUCUGCAAUUCCUAA